AUGCAGUGCGCAUCAAGGGCCGCCACAGUGUCUGUGGCUGCCCCGGCAACACGGCAGCGCACGCAGUUGAAGCAACGGCGGCGGGUGGCAGUGCGUGGGGUGGCAGCCGAGCCAGCCACGCAGCGGCUUACCAAGGACGAUCUGGUGGCAUACCUGGAGUCAGGAUGCAAGCCGAGGGACCAAUGGAGGAUAGGCACCGAGCACGAGAAGCUGGGGUACAACGUGGCGGACGGGCGGCGGCUGACGUAUGAGCAGAUUGCGGCGCUGCUGACGCGCAUCGGGGAGCGCUUCAACUGGCAGCCCAUCGUCGAGGAGGGGCACAUCAUCGGUCUGACGCAGGACGGGCAGAGCGUGACGCUGGAGCCCGGCGGCCAGUUUGAGCUGAGCGGCGCCACAGUGGACACGCUGCACAAGACAUGUGCAGAGGUCAACAACCACCUGUACCAGGUGCGGUCCAUCAGCGAGGAGCUGGGCAUUGCAUUCCUGGGGGUGGGCUUUGACCCCAAGUGGCUGUACGAGGACGUGCCCAAGAUGCCCAAGGCCAGGUAUGCCAUCAUGCGGGAGUACAUGCCCACGCGCGGCAGCCUGGGCCGCGACAUGAUGUUCCGCUCCUGCACCAUCCAAGUCAACCUGGACUUUGAGAGCGAGGCGGACAUGGUCCAGAAGAUGCGCGUGGGCAUGGCGCUGCAGCCCGUGGCCACCGCGCUGUUUGCCAACUCACCCUUCAAGGAGGGCAAGCCCACGGGCUACCUUAGCUGGCGCAGCCACGUGUGGACGGACACAGACCCCGACCGCUGCGGCACUCUGCCGUUUGUGUUUGAGGAAGGGUUUGGUUUUGAGCGGUACGUCGAGUAUGUUCUGGAUGUACCAAUGUACUUUGUGUACCGCAACGGCACCUACCACGACGUGUCGGGGCAGUCCUUCCGAGACUUCAUGCACGGCAAGCUGCCUGGGCUGCCAGGCGAGCUGCCCUCUCUCAAGGACUGGGAGACCCACCUGACCACGGUGUUCCCGGAGGUGCGGCUGAAGCGAUUCCUAGAGAUGCGGGGGGCGGAUGGAGGGCCCUGGCGCCUCAUCUGUGGCCUGCCCGCCCUCUGGGUGGGCCUCCUCUACGACCAGCAGGCACAGGAGGAGGCGGCGGCACUGAUUGAGGACUGGACACACGAGGAGCGGGAGUAUCUGCGGGACGAGGUGCCGCGCUCCGCGCUGCGCACCCCCUUCCGCGGCGGCACGGUGCAGGACCUGGCAAAGCAGGUGCUGGCCAUUAGCAAGGGCGGGCUGGAGCGGCGAGGCAAGGAGGAGGCCAAGUUUUUGAAGGAGCUAGAGGCGAUUGCGGAGAGCGGCGAGACGCAGGCGGACCAAAUGUUGAGGCUGUACAAUGGCGAGUGGAACCAUAGCGUGGACCCCAUCUACUCACCAGAGUACACCUACUGA